AUGUUUAUCUAAAGGUCUCGUGCGAGCAUGGCAAAGACUGACAAAUCCCGGCAGAGCUUGACACCUUGAGUGAGGAGAGCUACAAGGACUCCACCCUGAUCAUGCAGCUUCUCAGAGACAACCUGACGCUCUGGACCUCGUCGGAGGCCGAGACGGCUGCUCCCGAGUCCAGCGCUCCUGCCGAUAAGGAGGAGGCUGCUCCUGCCGAGGAGAAGCCCGCUGCCGAGUAAAUUAGUAGAGAUAACGAUGGACUCGCGUCCGGGUUUGCAGAUGAACUCGGACAAAAUACGGCGUGGGUUACGGGUGCGCAAGGGCUGCGGGGGCAAGAUUAGAAGAGGGGAUCGGCGCUGCACGCUUGUCAUUAUGUCCGAUGACUUUGCAUGGUCUUGAACUGUCACUGGCAAAGGGCAGAAGUCAAAAAGCUGGUCUGCGCUAUGGGGUGUUCUGUGCCUUUGCUUUCCGCUUUCCGUUCAUGCGAUCCUUGCUAUGCUCUGCCACCCACCACAUUGCCCAUGUUUCCCCUCCGGGUUCACCUGUGGAUCUUCGAUUCCUGUUCUAUUUUUUUCCUUUACAUUUUCUCGUUGAUUUCUUUAUCUUUUUUUUCUACUUCCUUGCCUAUUGCCGCAAUUCCCCCUGGAAAGAAUACCUCUCUCUUGUUACCUACCCACCCUCAUACAACAACAAACACAAUUGUCAAGAACGACCCUCUCGCGUGGGCAUUGACCUCGGAAUACCUUCGCAAUCAUGGCGCUUGCCAUGGUUGGUUACAUUUGUCUCCCGUAUGGCGUUUGAUCGUGCGCCUUAGCUGCGUUAUAUUAGAUUUCAUUUCCAGCCGACAGGCUUCAAGAAACAAGCUUGCAAUUCGUGACUUCCGGGUGGGGGAUGCUAUAGUCAGGAACACGGGUGGCAGAUAGAGAAAUAAGCAGAGGUGUAAACAUACCACAUAUGCGCUAAUCUGGACAAGGAUCUGGGCAGAGAUACACAGGCAGGGCACGAUGGGUCUGCGAUU